AUGCUUAUGUGGAAGUGCCCCGUGCCUGCUCUGCCGAUGCUGCCCCAGUGGAAACAACUCCACCAUAACUCGGCUGAUUUAUGCAUUCUUUUUACUUCUUGGUGUUAGCAUUGCCUGCGUGAUGUUAAUACCAGGCAUGGAAGAGCAGCUGAAGAAGAUUCCUGGAUUUUGUGAUGGAGGGAUGGGAACAACUAUUCCUGGUGUGCAUGGCCACAUGAAUUGCGAUAUCCUGGUGGGUUACAAAGCCGUGUACCGUGUGUGCUUUGGUAUGGCCAUGUUCUUCCUUCUCUUCUCGUUACUGAUGAUCAAAGUGAAGAGCAGCAAUGACCCAAGAGCAGCGGUGCACAAUGGAUUCUGGUUCUUUAAAUUUGCAACAGCACUUGCAAUUAGCGUUGGAGCUUUCUUCAUACCAGAGGGACCGUUUACAACUGUGUGGUUUUAUGUUGGUAUGGCUGGAGCAUUCUGCUUUAUUCUGAUUCAGCUGGUCUUGCUUAUUGACUUUGCCCACUCCUGGAAUGAAUCUUGGGUAGAAAAAAUGGAGGAAGGAAACUCAAGGUGCUGGUAUGCAGCUCUGCUGUCAGCUACAGCUGUCAAUUAUCUGCUGUCUCUAGUGGCCAUUGUCUUGUUCUACGUUUAUUACACUCAUCCAGAAGGUUGUUCUGAAAACAAGACGUUCAUCAGUGUUAAUAUGCUGCUGUGUAUUGGUGCUUCUGUAAUGUCAAUUCUGCCCAAGAUCCAGGAAUCUCAGCCAAGGUCUGGUUUGCUGCAGUCUUCUGUGAUCACAAUUUAUACAAUGUAUUUGACUUGGUCAGCUAUGACCAAUGAACCAGAUAGGCGCUGUAACCCAAGUUUGCUGAGCAUCAUCGGUUACAACAGCACAACCAUUCCAACCCAGGGUCAGGUAGUUCAGUGGUGGGAUGCACAAGGAAUUGUAGGACUGGUUUUGUUUUUGCUGUGUGUUCUCUACUCAAGCAUCCGAACAUCCAACAACAGCCAAGUGAACAAGCUGAUGCUGACCAGCGAUGAAUCAACACUGAUAGAGGAUGGAAUGCCCAGGAGUGACGGCUCCCUUGACGACGGAGAUGAUGUGCACCGAGCCAUAGAUAACGAGAGGGAUGGAGUUACUUACAGUUACUCCUUCUUUCAUUUCAUGCUGUUCCUGGCAUCGCUGUAUAUCAUGAUGACACUUACCAACUGGUACAGUCCGGAUUCCUCUUAUGAGACAAUGACCAGCAAAUGGCCAUCUGUCUGGGUGAAGAUAUCUUCCAGCUGGAUUGGCAUCGUGCUGUACGUGUGGACUCUGGUUGCUCCGCUGGUCCUUACGAACCGUGACUUUGACUAGGCUGUGCUGUUCUCUAGGGAGACUGCCUUUGCUUCACUGUGUCUUUGAAACAAACAGUAUUCCCAAUAAUAGUGCAGUUGUAAAUGCGUGUGCGUGCACGUCUGUGUGUAUGUAGUAUACCCUCCUUUAUUCUGCAUGAUGACCUUGAAUCAUCUCUUGUCAUGUCACUAAAUGACUUUUUCUAUCUGAGCUCAGUGACAGUUGCUAUAAUGAUGGUUUUCAUAGGAUUACUCCUAGAUCAAGUGCUUCGGGAGCAUUGGAUGCAAGAUCAAGACCAUUUGGAAGUAGGUUUUUU